AUGGAGGAAAAUCAGAGAAGCAGGUUCAGAAAAAUCUGUGUUUUUUGCGGAAGUCACUCUGGUCGCAGAGAAGUAUUCAGCGAUGCUGCAAUCGAACUCGGCAAUGAACUGGUGAAGAGAAAGAUAGAUUUGGUUUACGGUGGAGGAAGUGUUGGGUUAAUGGGUCUGAUAUCUCGGAGAGUCUCAGAAGGUGGUUGUCAUGUGCUUGGGAUCAUUCCAAAAGCUCUCAUGCCUAUUGAGAUAUCUGGUGAGACUGUUGGAGAUGUAAGAGUUGUUGAAGACAUGCAUGAGCGCAAGGCUGCAAUGGCUCAAGAAGCUGAGGCCUUCAUUGCUCUCCCUGGAGGUUAUGGAACUAUGGAGGAACUACUGGAGAUUAUAACAUGGGCACAGCUUGGAAUCCAUAAGAAGACGGUUGGUGUUUUGAAUGUUGAUGGUUACUACAACAAUUUGCUUGCUUUGUUUGACACUGGAGUUGAAGAAGGUUUUAUAAAGCCAGGCGCUCGUAAUAUCAUUGUUUCUGCCCCAUCUGCCAAAGAACUUAUGGAGAAGAUGGAGCUAUAUACUCCUUCACACAAGCACAUUGCUUCUCACCAAAGCUGGAAAACUGAAGAUUCUUGA